GACAUAGGACCCUUCGCUCGCAUGUACGCCAACAGUAUGCAUGCCAGUGGUGCAGCAGUUUGAAGAAAAAAGAAAAAUAAAAAGUUGUAAGUUUGCAGAUUUUAGUAUUAUUAAUCCAUAAACCAUACAGCUUUUCAGAAUGAGCUCCCAGAUCACGUGUGUUGGGUGGGUGAAACGUGGUGUUGCCAAGGAAACCCCGGACAAAGUUGAACUGAGCCAAGAGGAGCUCCAGCGCAUCAUUACUGAGGCAAAAGAAGAGUUGGGAGACUUGGCUGCAGAGGAUGAAGAAGAGGAUGAUGAGGGUUUGCCUUCUGAACAGAAUCCUAGUAAUGCAACAGCUGAUGCUGCUGAAGUUCCAAAGGAUGAGAGUGAUGAGGGAGUGGAGGAAGACGAAGAGCUAGCGGAGUAUGGCCUGGAUAGAUACGAUGAAGAGGAUACAGCCGCAACAAAUCUUGGUGACAGUCUUGCAGGCCUCACAGUGUUCAGCUCUAAUGAAGAGGACCCUUACAUCACCCUCAAAGAUACAGACCAAUAUGAGCGGGAAGACUUCCAAAUCAAACCCACUGACAACUUCAUCCUGGCAGGCAAAGCUGAGAAGGACUGCUGCAGUUUGGAGGUUUAUGUUUAUAACUCUGAGGAGGAAUCUCUUUAUGUUCAUCAUGAUAUUCUGCUCCCUGCUUAUCCACUGUGUGUGGAAUGGCUAAACUUUGACCCAAACCCUGAAGAAGGACCAGCCAAUUACGUCGCUGUGGGCAACAUGACUCCUCAGAUAGACAUUUGGGAUCUGGAUGUGGUGGAUUGUUUAGAGCCAGUCUUCUCCCUGGGAAGCAAAAAGGCCUCCAAGAAGAAGAAGAAGAGCAAGAAGGGUGCAGCAGCAGCAGAGCCUGUAGAGGGGCACACAGAUGCAGUGUUGGAUUUAUCCUGGAACAAGUUGGUCAGGAACGUGUUAGCCAGUGGAUCUGCAGAUAACACUGUCAUUUUGUGGGAUAUGUCUCAGUGCAAACCAGCCACAACUCUACACAGGCACACUGAUAAGGUCCAGACAUUAACAUUCCAUCCUUUUGAGGCACAGACUUUGAUAUCAGGAUCUUAUGACAAGACAGCUAUCCUUUAUGACUGCCGUAGUCCGGACAGCAGUCAUCGAACCUGGAGGUUCAGUGGCCAAGUGGAGCGUCUGGUUUGGAACCACUUUUCCCCCUGCAACUUCUUGGCCAGCACAGAGGACGGUUUUGUCUACUGCCUGGAUGCACGCUCAGAUAAACCAGUGUUCACCCUAAAGGCACACGAUGAAGAAGUGUCUGGCUUAGACCUCAGCAGUCAGAUUAAAGGGUGCCUCGUCACCUCGUCAGCCGACAAACAUGUUAAGAUUUGGGACAUUUUAGGCAACAAACCCAGUCUGGUGCACUCUCGAGAUAUGAAAAUGGGGGUGCUGUUUUGUGCUUCAUGCUGCCCUGAUCUGCCCUUCGUCUAUGCCUUUGGAGGUCAGAGGGAUGGCUUGCGGAUUUGGGAUAUAAGUGAUGUUGCAGCAGUGGCUGAGGUGUUCGGCAGUCGAGAGCGCUUGGUGCUAAAUACCGGAUCACAAGCACCCAGCUCUGCAGCCACAUCGGAUAUGGAAGUCUCCUAGUGAUGCUCUGUGAGCAGCAGCAGCUUUUAAACAUGAACUACAGUGGAAACUCCCUGCUGUGCCCUACUGUGUAAGACUGCUUCAUGGGAGAAGGACUGAACUUGAUAAGACUGCUAUAAAUGUCUUGUCAUGCUGGCCAACAUGUUUGAAAACAAGUCUGAAAAGACCUGAGGAACUUUAGCUGACAUAAAUAACAUGAACAUUGAAAACAAGUAAAGAAAAGGAAAAGAAAGCGUCACUAAUAUUAAUUUUUGUGAAUGAAUUUUCGACUCAAGUGGAAACAGACAUUCAGAUGUUUGUAUCAGUGCCUAAAAUUUUCAUUUACUUUAUUAUUUUCUGACCUGUAUUAUUUAGUCUUUCUUUGUGCAUUACAUAUAUAAAAUCUUAAUCAAAUUAUUAUGACAUGAUCAACAUUACUAGAAGCUGAUAUUUACCUGUGAUUCAUAUAAUAAGCAUGUCAUACAUUGGGAUUGAAAAUGAGAAGUCCUUAUUGAAGUCAAUUUUUUCUGGUGUUGAUACUUAAUAAAUAAAUUCUGUUUGAGCAUA